ACAGAAUUGUCUGUUCCACCACUUUCUCUAAACACAAGCACACGACAUUAAUUUCAAUUGCAGUACACAUUGGAAAACAUGGCGGACUGGGGUCCAAUUUUCGUGUCCUAUGUUCUGUUUGUGCUGUUAACGCCGGGCCUGCUGUUUCAGUUACCGGGGCGGUCGAGGCGCGUGGAGUUUGGGAACUUUCAGACCAGUGGUGCUUCCAUAGUCAUUCACUCCCUCCUCUACUUUGGUUUCAUAUGUGUCUUCUUGCUUGCUCUUAAGGUCCACUUGUACCUCGAAGGUUUGAUGGCGGCAGAUUGGGGUCCGGUGGUGAUCUCGGUGGUGUUGUUUGUACUACUGAGCCCAGGGCUGCUGUUUCAGCUGCCGGGGAGGGGCAAGGUGGUGGCGUUUGGGAGCAUGCAAACUAGUGGGCUUUCUAUCUUGGUCCACACCAUCAUCUUCUUUGGACUCAUCACCAUCUUUCUACUUGCAGUUGGGGUGCAUAUCUACUCAGGAUAAUUAUUCAUGAUCACCUCCUUUGACAUGUACCACUAUUUAUUGUUGUGUUCCAUCCUUGUUGUGGUGUUUUCGUUUUUAAUUUUUGUUAUUUUCAUUUAAAUUACUUGUGAUGUACUUUUAUGAAGCAAUUGAGGAUCGGUCAUGAGCUUCUUUUCUCAUGGCAUACUAGUUUGUGCUUCUCUUUCCUCAUAUAGUAUCAUUGGAUCAGUUCUCUAUUCUCAUAA